GUUAACUGAAUCUGUGGACGCAGAACCCAUGAAUACUAAGGGCCGAGUGUACAUCUUUAAUAAGAAUCAAUAUAACACACAAUUUCAGUCUGACAAUCUCAUCUGCUUCCUUCUUGCUCAUUUCAAAUUUAGUUGCUCAGAAAUGAGUUUUUAACAUCCUCGUGUUCUAAACUGUAAGAAAAAUACCGGAGGAUUGUUCGCAAAAUAAAGGAAGUCUUUCUCUUGGAUUCUCAGAGAGGAGAGGCUUUCUGAAGAGUUACUUAAAACUAAAAGUCAUGUUUAAUGUUAGAAGCUCAGCUUGGUCUCUUUGAGUAAGAAAGUGCUUUAGCUUAGUUAAGGGAACCAGAUGUAACACAUUGACCUUAAAUGGUAAAAGCUCCCAGAGUGAGCAGGAGAGAGAGAGGGAGGUUUUCUUGAAGGGGGAAAACAAGAGGAAUAGCUCAGUUUUAGGUAAGUAAUCUUCAUAAACCAAGAAUAAACAGCUUUCUUCAGCUGAGAUCCAAAACGGAACCCCUUUUACUUCUUAAAGGAGUGAGUUAUUUGAUGCAAGUCAACAUUUGCAAGUUAUUUUCCCUGUGUGACUUCCAGUGCAACACACCUCCUUUACAAUGAAGAUUCCAGGAUUGAGACAUUGCUCAUAGACGCACUGAAUUUAGAACUCGAAAGAGAUGUUGUUGGACGUUUUCCUAAUCUGUUCUUCCCGGUCCAGAGACACGGAUCCAAAGAAAAGCUAUUAAACCAGAAAAGGCAUGCCUGUAAACCAGAACAUGGGGAGAACAACACAAGUCUUGGGAUCACAAGGCCCCACAGCGAUUAUCUUCAGAGGUUAAUGUGAAACAGACAUUUUCAUCGGCGCAUGGUCUUAUUAGUCCACAUUGCAGUCCAGCGGGUCCUUUGCCUCCCACCAUGCCAACCCUCCCGGAAGAUGCUGAACAGCCAGCUGGGAUGCAGCAUUCCAUUUUGCCUUCUUCGGUCAAAUCUGUCCAGGAGUUGCCAGCUGAUGCAGGAACAUGCAAUACACCUUCUAUAGUUCUUCCAGAAUACACAGUUACAUCAGAGACAGAAAGAGAGAAAAGUCUAUCUUUCAGACCUGUUAGUCCCCAUCUGCGGCAUUCUAACAGAAAUACUAGGACACCCACUAGCUCUUUGACAUCUGUGGAUAAUACAGGUCAUAUAAUUAACUUGCUGAAUGACCAGCUUCCAGAUGUUAAAAUAUCUGAAGAAGACAGAAAGAAGAAUCUUGAAUUAUUAGAAGAAGCAAAGAGAGUGAGUGAGAGAUUCCUUACUCGCAGAGGAAGAAAAUCAAGAAGCAGUCUUUCAGAAUCUCCCACAGCCUUAUCCCCAGCGCUUAGUCCCAGCGUUUCACCUGCAUCAUCUCGAAGCAACUCUUUCACUCUUCCAAGCCCAACAGGGUCAGAUACCUUUGCACCUACUCUUGGUUCAGUGUCUCCACUGCAGAAUACCACAAAAGGAUUAACUGAUCAAAAGGAGAAUGAUCAAAUAAAAGUUUCUCAGGAAAGACUGAGUCCUCACACAACUAAUUUGGAAAGCCCCAAAGAGAAGCUAUCUGAACAAAAGGAGAACUUUGAACCACAUAAAAUUAUGGAAAAUCUGUCCAUAUCCUGCACCUCAGGUACUGACGUCAAUAGAGUAUCUCUAAAUGGGAACACAAACAUCUGUGAAAAUGAACUUGGAAAGCUAUUCCUUACCAAACUGAAUGACCCGCCUUUCAAAACUCCUUUACAAGGACCAGGGACAGUUAGAACGGACCCAAAGUUUAAGCACUCAGAACCACUACCGAAGGAUUCAAAAUUUUCUUGCAAAACAGAAUCUGGGACCCGCCCUCCUCUACUGAGAGCUGUGUCAUGGGAGCAUGCAGAACCUGGUAAUAUAGAAAAAACACCUUUUAAAUUACCAUCUGAAGAUGAUAAAUUUUUUCCCAUUAAUAACAAACCCAGCAACUCACCUACUAAACUUGGAGCUUUCAAAGACCUUCAAAUACAAGUCCAACCAGUUCGAAUGCAAAAACUGACAAAGCUCAGAGAGGAGCAUAUAUUGAUGCGGAAUCAAAAUUUAGUUGGAUUGAAACUCCCUGACCUCAGUGAAGCUGCUGAACAGGAAAGAGGGUCUUCACCAAUUCCUUUCUUGCCAGAAGAAGAGGAUGAGGUAAAGAGUAGAUGUGAUGUCAUGCCAAACAUUCCAGAUGCCCUUUUUCGAAAACUUCGUGUGCACACAUCUGUUCCUGGAAGCUCUCCUGCACUAACUGAAAGAGAAGUUGAGAAUGUAUUUAUACAACUUUCCUUAGCAUUUAGAAAUGAUAGUUAUACUUUGGAAUCAAGAAUUAACCAGGCUGAGAGGGAGAGAAACCUUGCUGAAGAGAACACAGAAAGGGAAUUAGACAACUUUAAAUCUGCUAUUACGGCCUCUGCUUCUUUGUGGCAUCACUCCGAACACAGAGACAUGUACCAGAAGCUACUGGAAGAUAUCACAGUGCUGCAUCGUUUAUCCUCCCGAUUAUCCAGUCGGGCUGAGAUGGUUGGAGCUGUUCGUCAGGAGAAACGCAUGUCAAAGGCUACUGAAGUCAUGAUGCAGUAUGUGGAGAAUUUGAAGAGAACAUAUGAAAAAGAUCAUGCUGAGCUGAUGGAAUAUAAAAAACUUGCUACUCAGAAUUCUAGCAGAAGCUAUGGCUCCCCUGAAGACGGUGUGCCUCGAACAUCUAGGUCCAUGUCUCUUUCUGUUGGAAAGUUGCCUCGAAGAAGAGUCAGUGUUGCUGUUGUGUCAAAAUUUGAGCUUCCAGGCCAAUCACCUUCCGCAUCACCUGGACCUUCGAUACCCUCUUCCCUGCCAGAGUCAUCAAAUGGAAGAAGCAAUCUGACGUCAACGCCCGUCUUACCAGCACUUGUAGAAAAUGGAAAAUCAAAUGGGGAGCCUGAUUCUGAACCCACCUCUUCAGCACAGACACAUAGUGGCAUAGAAGACAUUAAUCCAGAGACAAAAGCCAAAAUAGAGGAGGAAGCUUAUAACAAAGGCUAUCAAGAAGGAUUGAAGAAAACCAAAGAACUUGAAGAUCAAAAAGAAGAUGAGGACAAAAUAGAUGAAAGCCCCAAUGUAGCAGGUGAAAGUGAUGAUGAAAUCAGCAAGGAACACAGCAAACUUGAAGUUAUUAUCCAUUACAUACAAAUACUAUACCCUAAACUGCAUAAACACUGGAACAUGCUCUGGGUUGUAGCAGCCAUUAUCAUUAUUUUUGCUGUAAUAUUGGGAAUCUCCACUUUAUACAAUUACUUCUUCCUCUGUACGGAGUUAUCAGAUGGGCCACAAGCGAAGGCUACCUGUUCUGCUGUCCAGCAAUAUUCCUGGUGGAACUCAGGACUGCGACGUGACCAACACAGAGAAUAACAAAAGCAAGAAUGGGGAGAAAAGCCAUUUACAAUCCAACAGUAAGCACCCAUUUUAAAACUAAGGUGUACAAAGUGCUUUUUCACUUUCCUGGUAGUCACCUAUGAUCAGUAAUUCACCAUUUAGGCUCUUUUGUGCCAUAAGACUAGGAAAUGCAGUGUGUUUUUUUAAAAUUAGCCAGAUAACACCAGCCAAUAAAUGCUGUUCUCUUUGUA